AUGCAAGUCCUCUUGGUCCUCCUCGGGGCCACAAAUCUGAUCUUGGAUCCUGCAUUUGCUGCUUCCCUCCCAGGAGACUCGUCCUAUGUGGCUGCUGCUGGCUUUCCCACCUCUGUGUUCUCAUCCUACUACGUUUCCCCGGCUCAGCCAACCAAACAACCCCAGCCGAUCCUCUAUGACCCGGUGUUGGACCUCACUUUUCCUUACGAGUUGACGGAUCCUGACAACAUCCCGGACAAUCAUGAUGAGGUCUACUUCCCUGUGCCGCCAACUCAUAUGCCUGCCAAGAAGGAGUAUAAGCUGGUUCAGGAAGCAGUAUCCAAGGUGACCAACAUCAUUAAGUCAAAUAGCUUAGAAAACAACUGCACCAAAUGUAAGAACGCUCUAGCUGCAGCGAAGUCUGCGGCGUUGCAUGCCCCAGCUCUUGUUCCGGAUGCCAUGAUCAGCCUGUGCAAGGAAUUUCGCUUCCAUGACAAUGAGACGUGCGAGCAAGAUUUUGCCACAAACACCUUUGGUGCUAUCUGGACUCAGGUGUUGGCAUACGCUGAUAUAGAAGGAUUGGACGGUCAAUACAUCUGCCAUUCUCUCAGCAGCAAGUAUUGCAGCAUGCCAAAUACCAGCCCACUUGAUACUGCCAAGCUUUUCCCCAAGCCCAAGCCUGCAGGUGCCCGGGUCCCCAAGGCAAGUGGGGAACGGGUCAAGGUACUACAUCUGUCGGACUUCCAUCUCGAUGCCCGGUAUGCUGUCAGUUCCGAAGCAAACUGCAGCUCUAGCCUCUGCUGUCGGAGUGACAACUUCAACGACCUUUCUGAAGACAAGCCACUGCUUUCUGCCUCUGCAUAUGGCUCUUUCCUGUGCGACACCCCAUAUGACUUGGGUCUUGCUGCUUUGCAAGCUGUGGGUCCCCUGACUGGAACUGGAAAAGGAAAACAUGACGAGCACUUUGCAUGGACACUCUAUACGGGCGAUCUGGUAUCUCAUGAUCCGGCAUCCCAGAUAUCCAAGGCGUUGACCCAGUAUACGGAGACCAGCAUUUUUGGCAUGUUCAAACACUAUCUCUCCGGCCCGGUCUUUGCAGCACUUGGAAAUCAUGACACCAGUCCUUCAAACAUCGAUUCUCCUCAUAAUCUCCCUGGGCGUCUGGGGGAACAGCAAAGCUGGAACUAUGAGCACUUAGCUGGACUGUGGCGCCACGAAGGGUGGAUUAGUCGUGAGACCGCCGAGGAAGCGAGAACGCAUUAUGGCGGUUACUCUGUCAAGACACACUAUGGACUGCGUGUCAUUUCAUUCAACACCGACUUUUGGUACCGGAAUAACUACUUGACUUUCAUCAAUUCCACUAACCCCGAUAACUCUGGAAUAUUCUCCUGGAUGAUCAAUGAACUCCAAGAGGCCGAGGAUGCCGGUGAGCGUGUCUGGAUAAUCGGCCAUAUCCUCAGUGGCUGGGACGGAUCCAAUCCACUCCCCAAUCCGACCGAUCUAUUCUACCAGAUCGUGGAGCGCUACUCGCCCCACGUUAUCGCUAACAUCUUCUUCGGACACACCCACGAGGAUCAGUUCAUGGUUUACUAUGCCAACAACGGGACUGUGCAGGAUGCAGACAACGCCCUCACCACCGGUUGGAUCAUGCCCAGCAUAACCCCUCUAACAAACCUGAACAGUGGCUUCCGUGCCUACGAGGUCGACACAGGCGACUUCAACAUCUACGAAGCAUAUACCUUCUACAGCAAUGUGUCGGACUAUCCGGCGCUGAAGCACACGGGUCCGACCUUUGAGAUUGAAUAUUCCACUCGCGAAGCAUAUGGACAGGCAGCUGGGUGGGACGAGGAUGCGCCGUUGAACGCGACCUUCUGGCAUCGGGUUACCGAGGCCAUGGAGAAGGACAUCGGGCUUGUCAGUUUGCAUAACACUUACCAGGGGAAGCGGAGUGUCAAGAGCCCCAGUUGCACUACUGCCGCAUGCCAGAAGGCUAAAGUCUGCUACAUGCGCAGUGGUAGUGUUGCAUUGGGUAGUCAGUGCCCUCAAGGAUAUGGAUCUGUGCAGAGCGCCUUUGAGGAAAGCUAG